CUCCCCAGCAGAUCCCACCCCAACGCCUCGAUGUCGGCAGCGAUAUGCCGCAGAGGACCAGGAGAGGGCGGUCCUUCCGCUGCCUUCUGUUUUUUUCUUCUUUGACCGAAGCACAUGGAGACCACAUUGCCUGGAGACUACCGAGAAGGACACGCAAUCCAUUCGUGGCAGCGGCCAGUCGCAACAAUCGGACGAUACUGUAGUGACGUGCUUGGACUGAGGUGGCCGAACUCAGCGCACCGUCUUCCAUUCACCGCGGUGCGAGGGAGACGGUUUCCUCCUCUUACACAGGAGCAUAGCACGCUAAUGAGGUGCAUUCAGAUGGCUGCUGACAUGGGAAUCUUCCGAGCUGCGAGCAGGGUGCGCCGUGCAGAGCCGAUGCAGGCGCAGGCGCAGGCGCAGGCCCCCAAGCCGCGGAAACCCGAACAGCCCAGGCUCCCCGUCUCUCUUCCGGUUUGCAAUUUGCAGAGCCAUUUGAUUGCUCCCGCCGAGGGAAUGGACCCGGGCUUUUCCUUUCUCCUUUCUGCUGGCACUGGCGGGCCUGGGAGGCACUGCAAGCCUGGAAGCGGGUCGCCCUCUCCACGAGUGGCCAUCCCGUCUGCCCUGCCCACCAAAGCAGCGGGCCCUUCAGCGCCGCCGGGCUGCAGGCUGCAGGCUUAGGCUUGUACAUACACUCCACUCGGUACUAGGUGUGGUUUGUAUGCUGGACGGGGAUGCACCCCCUCUCUGGCCCUACCUACUCGAAAUCCACACGCUCCUGGGGUCUGCCGGUAACGGGGAGUGUAGUGUGAAGUUACCUCACAUACCCAGCGGAAGGUAACGACACUACGGAUACCUCCUUGCCCCC